AUGGCUGAUAUUCUUGACGUCAUUGUCAUCGGCGCGGGCCUGAGUGGCCUUCAGGCUGCCCUCGACAUCCAGGACUCUGGCCGAUCCUUUGUUGUCCUGGAAGCUCGCGAUCGCGUUGGUGGAAAGACCAACUCGAUGGACCGACCGGACGGUAAGGGUAGACAAGAAUUAGGUGCUGCAUGGCUCAAUGAUACCAACCAAUCUCAUGUCUGGGCCUGGGCAAAGAAGUUCAAUCUCACGCCUGUUUUCCAGAAUACGCAGGGUUCAGUGGCGAGUGAGGAUGAGAACGGGAACUGCCACCUGUUCCCCUUCAACGGGCUUCCUAAUUUCCCCAAGACUGAUCUCGAUAACAUUGUUGACAUCCGCAACAAGGUUGAGCAGGCGUCACUCAAUCCAGAUAACUUCAAGCAGCCAAAGCGAGCACAGCUUGAUGAGAUCACCUUUGACCAGUGGCUGCGGAAUGAGGGAGCUGGAGAGCGUGCCCUCCUGACAGCACGCGUUUGGUGUCGAGGAACUCUGGGCCAGGAUCCCAACGAAGUGUCCGCCCUCCAAUGGCUCGAGAUCGCUCGCGGAGCCUUAGGCGUUGUUAAUCUUCGAUACGAUGGCAAGCAUGGUGCCCAGUUCCUCCGCCUGAAGGAAGGAACCCAGUCUAUCUCGAUCGGCAUGACAGGACUCCUUCCAGCGGGGGGUCUCAAGCUGAAGACUCCGGUCAAAUCCAUCAUUCAAGAAUCCCCAAGACUAUACAGGGUUACUACUGCAUCCGGGCAGCUUUUCAAGUCACGCAAGGUCAUUCUGAGCGCACCCAGCCCGUCUUAUAAGAACAUCGAGUUCCAACCUCCUCUGCCGCUUUCUAAGCGUGUGGCCGUGACCCACGCACGGUAUGGUACCUACGUCAAGUAUCUCGCUCUGUUCAAGACACCAUGGUGGAGGCGCGUGGGUGCCUGCGGUUUAGCCCAGAGCUUCCGUGGCCCCAUAAACCACUGUCGCGACACAUCCGUCGAUGUUCAAGACAACUACGCAUUGACUUGCUUCGUAGUCUCUAUUCCCGGACGGAAGUGGCUGGCUCUCGACCAGAAAGCCCGUGACGAAGCAGCCCUGAGACAACUGGGCUCUCUGUUCGGAGUGGGCUACGAGGCUGUGAAGGCUGAGUUCAUACAAUCCAUCACUUCUGAGUGGCAGGAUGACCAGUGGGCGGGAUGGGGCUGCCCGUUCGCAGCUACGGCGCCUGGCGUGAUUGGUAGGGAUGAAGAUGGUGUUCUGGUCAACCAAAGGAGCGGUGGAAUUAUCUUCGUUGGCACCGAAUUCACAGAUGAGUGGCGCGGAUAUAUGGAGGGCGCCCUGCGAAGUGGAAAGAGGGGAGCGAACCAAGCUCUCACGGCUCUGCGAACGGACCAGCCGUCCCUGUGA